UCUCUCUUCCGACUCUCGCUCUCCAUCCCUAAUCCCUGGGACCCCCCCUCCUCGAAAUUCCAACAACAAAAAAAAGGAAAAAAGAGAGAGUAACCAUGGGGAGAAAGAAACGUACAGAAACAAGUAGGAAAGAAUUGAAAGAAAGAAAUAACCCUGGUUAAUCGAUGCGAAGCGACGGCCGGUGGGCCGAAAUUCGACUCGUCUGGCGAUGGCGACGCCUCCCAUCGACCGCCAACACCAACACCUCCACCUCCGUCCUCCUCCGCCGAGCCCAACCAUCGCACCGGCAUCGGUGCGCUCCCUCCCGAUGCUCCUCCCUGUCUUCAUCCUUUUCUUCGUACUCCUCUCCUUCCUCUCCGUCUUCCUCUGCCGCGACCUCCUCCACUUCGCCUCCCUUUGGCUGCACCGCCGUCGCCGCCUCCUCCGCUCCCCCGGCGCCGCUGCCACAGGUGAUCAGGGAGCGAAGGCGGGCGGGCUGGAUUCGAGAAUCCUUGCGUCGUUCCCGAUGAUACCGUACUCGGCGGUUAAGGGCAUGCAGGAGGGGAAGUGCGGAAUAGAGUGCGCGGUGUGCUUGGCGGAAUUCAGCGGCAGCGAUGCCGUGCGGCUGCUGACGGUGUGCUGCCACGCAUUCCACCCGGCGUGCAUCGACUCGUGGCUCGACACCCACAGCACCUGCCCUCUCUGCCGCUCCGACCUCAAGGCGCCGCCCGACGAGGCCGCCGUCAUGGCCGUUCGCGAGGUCGUAGACGGCAACAACGGCGGCAGAGAAAGAAGCGAGAGCCACACGAUCACGAUCCCGAUCCCGAUCCCGGAGGAAGCGGCGGACCAUAAAUCGCAGUCGUCGAUCGAGGACCUCAAUCACAAUUGAGAUCGAUCGAGAGGCCACGUACGUACGUAUGGUGAAAAAUGCAUGGUUAGUGACUUAUAGGCUUGCCGAUCGAUCGAGGAGCAAAUGGCCACGCAGUUCCGCGUCGUGCUGACUUUAAUUAGCUGCCAUAUUAAUAUUAUAUAUACAUAUUCUUAAUUUAAUUAGACCUCGUUUGGCAUUAUUGUCAUUUUUUACUUAAUAUAAUAUAAAAACGAGAUGGUGAAUUUUCAUUUAA